GAGAAGAGAAGCACCGAGAAGCCGCCUCCUGCUCUGCGCUCCGUGACAGCGGCCGGUCGUCUCGUCCAGCGGUUAGGCUUUUCGGAUGGGUGGUGAAGUGAGGUCCUCCGAGGGCAGAGAAGAAACCGCAGCGUCUCUUCAGCAUGAUGUCUGAUGUGUGCCCGUCUCCUGUCCUGCAGUGUCCCUCAUCUCAAGACUCGUCUCCUCCCCGCCGGGUUCUGGUGUCCGUAAUCAAGGCGGUAUCUCCGUCCUCCGCCCACACACCUCUCAAGCCCCGCCGCCCGCCCUUUUCUACCGGGACCCCGGGAUCCGCUCAGCUGAGCCCCGUCCCAACCAGCCCCGGCUUUAGUGACUUCAUGGUUUAUCCGUGGCGAUGGGGAGAGAACGCGCACAACGUCACCCUGAGCCCCGGACCGCCGGCCAGGCACCAACCGCCUCCCCCCGAGCCCACUGUCCACGAUGUGGUGAGGACCGGAGCCGCCGAGGGCGGCAGUGGCUCGGAGGACGCCUCUCUGAGGGAUGGGAUUAGACGUGGCCGUCCGAGGGCUGAAACGGUUCGAGACUUAAUAAAUGAGGGAGAGCACUCUUCCAGCAGAAUCCGGUGCAAUAUUUGCAACAGAGUGUUUCCACGUGAGAAGUCUUUGCAGGCUCAUAAAAGGACUCACACAGGUGAACGCCCUUAUCUUUGCGACUAUCCUGACUGUGGGAAAGCCUUUGUUCAGAGUGGACAACUGAAGACACACCAGCGCCUUCACACAGGAGAAAAGCCAUUUGUGUGCUCAGAAAACGGAUGUAUGAGCAGAUUUACUCAUGCAAAUCGUCACUGCUCCAAGCAUCCUUAUGCAAGACUAAGAAGAGAAGAGCCAAACAACAAAGGAGGCAAGAAUCAAGUUGCUAAUAACAAAGAUACAGAGUGGUUGGCAAAACACUGGGAGAGGCAGGAACAGCUGCCACCCACAUUAAAGAUGAAAUCUCUUCAGAAAGCAGACCAAGAGCAACAGGACCCUUUAGAAUAUCUUCAGUCUGAUGAAGAUGAGGAAGAUGAAAAGAAUGGUCCUCACUCUGCUGCCCGUCGUCGCCUGCAGGAGCAGCGUGAACGUAUGCAUGGCGCUCUGGCUCUGAUUGAACUAGCCAACUUGGCUAGUGCACAGUUGCGCCAGUAACAGUGUUGAGGCGUACGAAAUGUCCUACCCUGGCAGUAUAAAUGCCUUAACUCUUUCUAUAAGGGGAAUACUUUUCCGUGUGUGCCUCUUCUAGCUGAAGCAAAAGGUUAUUGAAUACCGCUCUGGGUUAUAAGCUAAGCACCUUAUUUGCUUAACAUAGGCUGCUAUCCUGUAGAAUUUUUUUUAUUUUUUUAAUGAAGAAUGUUGUUGCUUCCAGACCCUGGAAGUAAGAGAAUUGCACUUUUUAUGGUAAAGAUAGUUGUAAAGUGUUUUUAUAUAAAUAAUAUUUUGUAAAUACAGAACAGAAAAAAGCAAGGACUGUUUCUGCAUCUGUGUGAAAAGCUGGAUUUUACAAGCUUAAAGGGCUAUUCCCAUCUCUGACAUUGCUAGGUUAUGCCAUCAAUGUCACAUAGGAGUAGGACCUAGCUCCAGAACUCGGCCCCUGAAGUGAAGGGGAGCACAACAUUCGCUGCUAUGCGAGCUCUGUUCUUUUCAGAAGUCCCACUGCACGUGUGCUGUCCUUCACUUUGCAGGCCCUGCUCUGGAGAUGGUGACACUUGUUCCUAUGUGAUAUUGAUGUCCUAUCCUAGCGAUAUGCUGUCAGUCUGAGAUGGGGGGGGGGACCUGUUUAAAGGUUUCUUGGAUUAUAUAUUUGUCCUAUCCCUUUGCACAGGGGGCUGAGUUGUCGCACAAGACACAGCCCUAUGGACACAUUGCAGUGCACUCUGCUGAUCUCAGACCUCCAUCAAUCACACAUUGAUGGACUGUCCCAAGGAUAUGCAUUCAAUGUAUAGACCUACAAAACCAAUUGGGUCACCUUUCUUAAACGUGUCAGUUUGUUUUUCUUUACCUCUCCUAAGACUCAACAGACAACAUUCUUCUCUCGUUACCGGAAGACUGAAGCUUUUGUUUUCUGUCCUUUUUUGUCUAUCAAUACUUUUAUACCUGAAGAAAAUGGUAUACACAUUAAGCUUGUAAAAUAGGAAGUUGCCCAUGAAAUGGACACUGAUGUAUGAAGGCACUUGUUUUAUUAAAGGGGUUGGGUAUUGACGUGGUGGUAUUGAUUUUUAGUAAACUAUUUUUAGAUGACCUGCGAACACUAAAUCCUAAUAUUCAGCUUUUAGUUUUUUUUCAAUGUUUGCCAGCUGCCAGACUAUGUUACUGUUUGCAUAUUGCCUCAAAGCCACUUUAUUGCUUUAGCAUGCCCAGGUAUGUGUGAUACAUGACUCAUUUAUUGGCUAAUUACUAAAGUGUUUGCUGUAAGAUAUUUUAGCAAUAACUCGCAUCGUACAAUUGAAGCAAGUAAAAUUCUUAAUCCAGUGUCCUGUGUUUAAACUGAACACAUUAAGGGUCCAUUUACACGUCCGUGUGUGUUGCGGAUCUGCAAAACACUAACACCGACAAUGUGUGUUCUGCAUGCACACUCGUAGAAAAUGCCUUUUCUUGUCUGCAUUUUUUUUUUUUGGGGGGGGGGGGCGGCGGAAGUGUGGAUCCGCAAAUGCGGAUGCAGACGGCACAUUCCGGCCCCAUUGUAAAUGAAUGGGUCUGCACCUGUUCUGCGGAACGGAUGGGGACCCACUUUGUGGAUGUGUGAAUGGACCCUAAAAGGUGUUUUCUGGGUGUUAAUAUUGAUGACCUGUCCUUAGGAUGGUUCAUCAAUAUCUGAUUGUCGGGGGUCCGACACAUAGCAUCCCUACCACGGCCUCUUCACGGCUUAUAAAGAGCACUGCCAUCAAUUGGUUAGUGGCUGUGCUUGGUACUGCAGAUAAGUCCUAUUCACUUAAAUUGGGCUGAGCUGCACCUUGGCCAUAUGACCAAUGAACGUGACGUUACUGGCCUAGUAAAAGGCUGAUUGGAAUGCAGUGGUCUCUUCAAAUAGCUGAUGGAAGGGUACAAGGAGUCAGACCCCCACAGAUUAGAUACUGGUUACCAGUAAUAAACACCCAGAAAAACCCUUAUUUGCCUUUUUUAUAUAAAUUUAAAGGGGUUAUCCAAUUUCAAGAACCCCCCCCCACUCAUGUACAGAGUCCCUAACCGGUAAUAUACUUACCCUGCACCACUGCUGCUGCUUCUCCCUGCACACGGAUGAAAACAUCCCGUGUUGGGAGAAGCAAGGUAAGUAUAUUACUGGUGACGGGCCCAACACAUGUGGGGGGAUUUUCUUGAAAUUGGAUAACCCUUUUAAGGUUUGUUCCCACUUGCAUUAGCUUCAGCUAUUUUGUUCCAAAGAGCAGAAUGAAGUGCCAUAUCCCUGACAUAAUGGACAUGCUUCUCCCCCCUCCCUCCCCUUUGUUUUACCAGACAAAAUAGCACAGCAUGCCAUUUUAUUUAAUCUAAGUUUUGCACAAUCUGCGAUGGAGGCUCAGAAUUGUCUAAUGCAGGUGUGAAUGAACCCUUACCUGCAGUAAUUCUUCAUAUUACCAAUACUUUUUACUGGAGCAAUAAAGGGUUUCUUAUUUAUUUUGUUCAAACUGCUCCUUAUUAAAAUAGAUGUCUGUCCAGUGAAUGUCAUUUUAAUGUUUUACAAAUGCACUUGAAACCAGUAUUUAUAUAUUUUUGUUACAUUAAUGCUUUCUAGUUUGGAUAACCGGUUAAAGAGGCUAUCCAGGAUUUCAAAAAUAUGGUUGCUUCUUUUCGGAAACUCUUCCAGACUGAUUCAGUUCCAUUAAAGUAAAUAUGGCUGAGAAGCAACACCACAACCAACCUGUGGAGACGUUUUAGUGUUUUUCUAAGAAAGCAGCCAUGUUUUUCCUAAUCCUGGAGAUCCUCUUUAAAGGGGUUGUUUGGCUUUAGAGCGGAACCUGGACAUAUCCCCAUUUUUACCCAGACAGGCACACUGAUGUGAGUAUCGGAGCAUUUCAUGCUGAUACCCUCCCCUGCCCUGUGCUGUAUCAUGCAGGGCAAGGGCUGUUAAUAUUUUUUACACUGCUAGUCAUAGGCUUCCCCCUAGCAGUGUUCCCAGUAAUGUCACCUGCAUUGAUGGGCAGGCUUUAGCUCUGCCCUAACCGUUUUACAGGCUAGGGCAGCACUGUAUAGACUGCCCAUUAGUGCCGUUGACAUCACCAAGCUCACUACUAGUUCUGCCUAGCUUUACCCAUUGAGAGACUGGUACGUCACCAGAUCUCCAGAAAAAGCCCUUGCCCUGCACGAUUCAGCAUCGCAUGAAAUGCUCCGAAGUUCAAGGCUAACUGGGUGAAAAUGGGGAUAUGUCCGGGUUUGGCUCUGAACCCGGACAACCCCUUUUAAGUUUUACACAAGGCCGCUUGGGCAAAACGUUCUUCCAGCUAGAAAUUAUAAUACUGCAUUAUUAUGCACUUAUUUCCCAAAAAGUUAUAAGAAAUGUAUUGAUGUAAUUUGUGUCAUCCCACUUAUUGCCAAGAUGCUAGUUUGGCAUGAGUUUUUAGCAAAAGUGUAUUCAGUGCUUUGAAUAAACUGUAAAAU